AUUAGCAUGCAUAUGCAAGGAUGCAGACGAUGGCGGUAACCAUGGCGACGGCAACAGCAACACCAGCAACAACAGCAACAGCAACAACAGCAACAGCAACAACAACAACAACGACCACAAUGACUAAAGCAUUAUCAAUAUAAAUGACGCUGGAUUCGCAGAAUCGCUGCAGCAAGUUUUAUUUUGAGAGAGAUGACGGCCGCACUUCCAUUUCCGGAGUGCCUUGAACUCUCAACCGUUAUUUGUCGCGGCAAAAGCAACAACUACAACAGCAAAAACUGCACUUUAAGUGCACAUAUGUGUGUGUGUGUGCAGUGGAAACAGCGCCAAUAAAAAAAGAGAGCAGCAACAUACCAACACACACACAAGCACCAUUACUAUUCGGGACGAAGGUUUCCAGUGGAGCGUGCAAUUGGCUGUGGCAAUUGAGAUAAGCAGCAAGCAGCUGCUGCUACCAACUAAUACAAAUAGACAACACUAACACGCCCGCACGCACUCACAUACAUACAUACAUACUAAAGCACCAGAGGCGUAUAUAUCAAGUAUUUAAUAUGGGCAGCCUUCCUAAUCUGCACGAGCUGGAGGAGGCGGAACGCAAACGCGAGAAGAGGCGGGAGUACGAGCUGCUGUUGGAGCAGCGUGCGCGCGAUACAAGUCGGGAGCGGGAACGGCUGUCUAUGUUUGCGCAGCAGCGCAAGCAAUCCUCCUACAAUGCAUAUAUCAUGGCGGGCUUGGGCAUCGGUGGCGGCUCCUUGAGUCUUACUGCCACAGCUUCGACUGGCACAAAUUCCGCAGCAGGAAAUGGAAAUGGCACUACCGACACUGGCAACAGCAAUGGAACUGCCGCUGCUAUCAGUGUCUUCUCCAAGGUCGCACCACCAAUAGGCAACACGGCUACCACAACGCUCAGCGGGUUCGCAAUGUUGGGCCUGGCAGCCAAGAAGCAUUCACACACGCAUCCAUUUCAUCAGCAUUCGCAUCAACACCAACAUCAUCAGCAUCAUCGUCACUCGCUGACAACGCGGCACCGUGUAUUGCGCACCCGUAGCUCCACUGGUGCCCAGAACGUUUGGGAUGAGCAGAUGAUGGAGCACUUGAGCGCCUAUUCUCCUAUAUCGACGCGUUCGCAUCGCAUAAAUCCUGUCUCCUCGUACCAGGUACAGGCCGCUCUGGCCGCAUCACGUCGUCGGGAGUCUAUCAAUAGUUCGAUCGGUGCUACCUCAAUACGGCGUCUGAUUUCGUUGAACAGCCGAAAUUGCCGUCAUAAGGUCCCCGCCCAUGUGCGGCAGAAGGCCUGGAGGCACUUCAGCUGUCUGACCAUUGCCCAUGGGCUGAUGAGUGCGGUGCUGUUGCCAGUACUGGCCCUACAGGGAUCUAAUUCUGUGUGGCAUCAUAGGGAGCAGUGGCUACCCGUUGGCCCGAGCAUUGGAUCGUUGCUGUUGAGCGUCCUCUUUUUGCUGGCUGCCGGAACCAGUCUUGUGGUGGUGCGACUUAUUCGCCGGUAUGACUAUACAUCGCUGCUGGCCGCCAGCUAUUUAGCAAUAAGCUUCUUCCUGGUCUCGCAUUUCUACACCUCAAUUUUUACCCUACUGCCCGCAUAUAUGCUGCUGGGCCUCUCGCUGGGCAUCGCAACCAGCUGCAAAGUGGCGCUUAUUGUACACUUUGGCGGCAAGCUGAGCUGUUCCCAGCACGAGUGCACGAUGAGCGCUGCCCAGCCGGUAGAUGGAGUGCUGUACGAUGAGCACAAGAUGUUCUGCAAUCGGGAUCAGAAGGUGCGACGUUUGGCGCGCUGGUUUCGUGUCUCGCAAGAUUUGGGAUUAAUAUUGGGGGCCCUGGUGGCAUCCUUAGUUCUCGUUUGUACCGCCCGGGACUGGAACUGCUUCGAGAGUGGUGGCCUAACGGCUUAUGCGACGAAUAAUGAAACUGCGGCACAGAUAUGGCCGCGCCUGGAGGAUUACUAUAACCGAAAUGAGCAUGGGGAGCGCAUCUGCGGUGCAGACAUGUGCCCACUCCGACGUUCCCAAAUGCCCAGCAGCGUUGCUAUUGUUAGCAGCUUCAAUGGCAGCAUUUCCAAUAGCAGCUCUAGUGUCAUCUAUAGUCCAUCUAGCAGAUCAAUUUACGCGUCCUUCAUCGAAAGCAGCGGACGCACGGGAGCCAACUCCCUAAUCGGCAUCUACUUGUUCCUCUCAUUGGGCUCCCUAGUGCUCACCUUGGCUAUUGGAAAGAUUCAGGCUACGUUUCGACAGGAGCGCGUCAAGGAUGUGGCGGACACUUUGUUAUAUGCCGGACCUCUUGCCUACUUUGUGGGAACCGAACAGGCCUAUAUGCUGGGCGACUUUUUGCGGGCCUUUGUCUCUUGCUCGCUGGGCAUUAGCAUGGUUGCUGGCGCUCUUAUAGGAAUGGGCCUCAUGCAACUUAUCGUGUCCUGCACCCUUAGCAUGCUCCUUCGCCAUACCAAACGGAUUGUGGUAAUAUUGGCCGGCUUCUUCUUUCAUUCCUGCUUGUUGCUGGCUCUGUCCAGUUGGAAACCCUCAAGCGAUGAUAGCGCCCUCUUCUAUGUUAUAGCCGCCUCGUGGGGAGCAUGCAAUGGCAUGUGGGAGACACUGCUACUCGCUCUGGUCACCCUGAACCAUGUGAACCAAGUGACCGAGGUGACGGCAUCCUUGCAGGCUCUUCGUUUUCUUGGCCUGGGCGUCACGUUUGCCGCCCACGGAUUUCUAUGCGAGUCGGCCAAGAUUAUAGCACUGGUCAUACUACUUGUCAUCAGUGUACCGCCAUAUGCGAUGCUAGAAAUACGUCUGGAGGCUCAGCGCAAGGCGACGCUCAUCAGUUUAUGACGCAACUUCUUCAGUUAGUCACGAAGAAGGGGCACUGUGGCACGCACACACACCAUGUGAGUGUUUCGUCACAGGGCUCUCAACUUUGAUCUAUCAAUGGACUAAAGCAUUGUUCGGACAAACUGGACAUUACGGCAUGCAGCCCGUCAUUAUUCCCGAAGAAGGAGAAAGCUAAAAUGCUACUGCUGGAUUUCUGGUGUCCAGCUUGGGGGCUCCGGAGCUCGCCCAACUGCAAAACUUUUUAAGCCAUGGCCAUUUACAUAUUUUAUACUGUCUGGAGACUUUUGUUGAAAUGAAAUCUAAAUUUUUAGAGCUUAAAAAUUGGCACAGAAAUAUGUCGUGGUAAAAUCAUUACUAGACCUAAGCCUAGAACUGUUCUUAGGAUUAAACGAUAUAUGUCUAUGUAUAUAUUGUCUAAAUAGUCACCUACAUACAUAAAUAUAUAUACACAUAUAUACAUAUAGAUAUUUAGCAUUUGCCAGUGCCAGUAAUGUUGUUCCAAAGAAAGAGACAAAGACAUGUGUCUCCCUUUUAGCCUAUCCCAAAUGCUCUCGGGCCGAUACGUGGUCUAAAUAGUGUGCAUACAGUCUAAAACAUAUGCGUUUCUAUUAAAAAAAUCGGACCAAAACACAAAGCCAAUAAGGGUCGUAAAUAAGAAUUUAGCUCUGAAAGAUCAUAUCGUGAAAUUUGUGGACAGUAGACGCGCGCCCAUUUAGACCAUGUAGUAGCCACAGCUAUUAAUAAAUGCGAACAGUUCCCCUCCCAAUUAGCAUAUUUUAUAAUAAUUUAGAAGUGCAUAAAAAUAAUUUGUAUUAUGUAUGUACGAUGAUAUAAAUAUAUGCAUACAUAUUAUAAUUAUAUACAUACAUAUAUAUACAUACAUGAUGGAACGGUCCCAUGCUGUGCCACAAGGCCUUAGCUUAUACACUUCGAUUUUGUGCCAAAAUAUGUCUGUUUAUACGUGUAUCGAGAAUCACAGCACUACUCUCUGAACUGAUGUGAGCAUAAGUAUUCAGUUACAAUAUAUAUAUCUUCUAAGUACAUACUUAACAUCAUGUGUUAAGUACCUUAGUGUUAAAUGUCUAGGCGCAUUUACUAUUAGAGGUAAAGAACUAACAACUUGUCUAAUUUCUAAAGCAAAAUAAUCCGAUUGGUCAAUUUUAACUCGUAUACAUAUGUACUAUAUAUAUCGUAUACAAGUCAUGCAAAAUCGUUUAGCCUAAUGGGUAGUUAAAUGGAAUUUAAAACACAUGCACAUAUAUGUAUAUUUAAUAACAAAUUUCGUUUGCCAUCCAUUAAGUUUACUGCAUAAUCUAAUAUGUAUUGUGAAACAAAAACAUAAACAAAUAGUCUACGUAUAGCCAUGUACUACGUAUUGUCUUUGUAGAAGCUACAGGUUCAGAGAUAAAAAAAAAUAAAAUGAAAAUGGUGUCUUAAGCUAACUAAACCUUUGAUUGUUUAGCAAAUAAUCCUAAUUGUGCGCUAAAGCCACUUUGUAUAGUUGUUUCUGUGAAAGUUCCAGUUCAACUCCAGUUAUUGCCAAAGCGAUAAAUUCACACAAAUAAUAUUUAAAUAAAAAGAAUUGUUGAUGACGAGGUGAAAUCCUAAAAUCUAAGAACGAUGUUAACAUUUUAUGCAGUUAUGAACAACAUUUUUAACAUUUUGUAACUUUACAAUGGACACAACAAGUAAACAAACUAACAAUACAUUUUCAAUCUUCGGCUAUGCCGAAGCAUUUGAUGAACGGAAUUUCGAACUCAAGAGUUUUGAAAACCAAAAAUUUUUUUUUUUUUUGUGUGGAGAUAAUGAAACUACUGAUGAAAAUUAAAGAGAAUUUUGUUAAAAACAAAGUGAUACAACUAAGAAUAAAUGUAAAACAGAAGAAAUAAAUCAAAUUAUAGAAAGUUAAAUAUAUACAUACAUAUACAUACUAUAAAAGACCUACAACAAUGCGAGGGCGAAGGCGGCAUGUAGGCACAAAAUAAAAUUAUGAAUGUAUUAAGUGUACAAGAUCAAUAAAGAAACAAUAAAUAUAUCGCGGAAGAACGGACGUGAGGAUAUAAAUGA